UAGGGUUCAACGACGGAUAAAAAAUUGCGCCAGCCGGUACGCAUUUAGCGAGAGAACAUCGACGGAAACUAUAUUGUGGGUACGCGCGUUUUCUUUUUUCUAUAGCCAAUCUCUAGCUGAAAUUGGCAUAACCCAGUUCCAUCUUCACGAAAUGCAUUGAAAAUUCUGAUGACAAUGACGGCACUACUCACCCGAUUCCGGCAACCUCCGCAUUUUUAAGCUGAAAGUAUUCUUCCUUAGCUUUCGGAUUCAGUCAUUAUGUCAACACGUAGUGAUAGAGACUGGAUGUACAAAAGGUUAGAUCAUGGGUAUCUUAGCACAACAUAUCAUGCAUCCGUCAAAGGAUUUCUGGAUGUUGCUUUUUCGAAUGAAUCAACCGUUGAUGGGGAUUAUAUUAGAUGUCCUUGUUUUAAAUGCAAGAACAUGUAUUAUAAAACAAGAGGUGAUGUAGAGCUUCACUUGUUACAAAAUGGUUUCACUCCUAAUUACACAACUUGGUGGGCACAUGGUGAAAGAAAUACGAUAUCUCAGCAUGAGGAAGAAUCUUCUAAUCCGAUCCAGGAUCCGAUGGAAGAUGAUGAUGAUGAUGAUGAUGUUAAUGGGUGUACACAAAUGUUGAUGGAUGUAAUGGAGGAACGCCUGAAUCCAACUGCCAAGGGGUUCUAUGAUAUGUUGGAAGACGCUGAUGAACCUUUGUGGGAUGGAUGUGAAAAUUAUUCAAAAUUACAAGCUGCAACAGAGUUGUUGCAUUGGAAGUCAGAAUACAAUAUAUCUGAGGCUGCCUAUGAUCACAUACUUCCUAUAAUUAAGCGGAUGCUACCCAAAGGUGAGAAACUAGUUGAGAACUUCUAUGAGACGAAGAAGCUUUUGAAAAUAGUUAGACUCCCAGAAAAAAAGAUCCAUGCUUGCAAAAACCAUUGCAUGAUAUUCUAUGGGGCAGAUUAUGAUUUGACUAAGUGUCGAGUGUGUGAUCAUGAUCGGUACAAGAGUGGCAGACUGCCAUAUCUGGUUAUGAGGUACUUGCCGAUUGCUCCUAGACUCCAAAGGUUGUAUUUGACAAAAAAGACGGCAAAACAAAUGACAUGGCACUAUGAACAUCAAACAGAACCGGGUUUGAUGGUCCAUCCAAGUGAUGGUGAGGCUUGGAAGCAUUUCGACUCAACGCAUCAAGAAUUUUCAAGUGAACCACGUAAUGUUCGCCUUGGGCUAUGCACCGAUGGGUUCAGUCCAAAUAACUCAAAUACAACCCCGUAUUCAUGUUGGCCUGUUUUCCUUUCAAUUUAUAACUUGCCUCCUUGGAUGUGCUUAAAAGAACCAUAUGUUCAGUUAAGCAUAGUUAUUCCUGGAAAAAAGAACCCAGGUCAAAAUAUAGAUGUGUUUCUCAGGCCGCUAAUUGACGAGUUAAAGAUGCUAUAUACAGACGGUGUUAUCACUUAUGAUGCUUCGACUAAAUGCAAUUUCACAAUGAAAGCUAUACUUCUUUGGACAGUUAGUGACUUUCCGACUUAUGCAAUGUUAUCGGGAUGGAGCACACAUGGCAAGUUAGCAUGUCCGUAUUGUAUGGGUGAGUCGGGGUCGUUUCGGUUACACCAUGGUAGUAAACCAUGUUGGUUUGACUGCCAUCGAAAAUUUUUACCUGAACAACACACAUAUAGGGGUGACAAAACAGGAUUUUUGGCUAAUAAGGUUGAGAGAUCUAGCCCCCCACCAAUAUUAACCGGUGAUCAGAUUUGGGAGCAAGUACGACACUUUCCAACUGUUUAUGAAGGCAAACCUUUUAGAGCGAAGAAUGCAAAAUUGCCUGGUUUCGGGAUUACUCAUAAUUGGGUUAAGAGGAGCAUCUUUUGGGAGCUACCAUAUUGGCGGAAGUUGUUAAUACGACAUAACCUUGAUCCCAUGCACAUUGAGACAAAUGUGUUUGAAAAUCUUUUUAACACCGUGAUGGACACUCCGAAAAGCAAAGACAACAUGAAUGCAAGAAAAGAUAUAGAAAUGUAUUGCAAUCGAGUGCAAUGGCAUACAUGGAAGAAGGGAAAUAAGGACAUGAAAAAGAGAGCAUCGUUUUCUUUGAGCAAAGAACAAGUAGCUAAAAUAUGCCAAUGGUUGAUUAAACUUAAAUUCCCGGACGGAUACGCCUCAAACUUGGGGGGGGUGCGUUAA